AUGAGCUCCUAUCUCCGCCCACACGGGGGUGCCGGAGGGACAUCGCUGUACGUGAGGUGGGCGCCGCCGCCGCCCGCCUUCCACAACGGCCUGCUGCAGGGCUACCGCCUCACCCUCACGCGCCUAGAUGACUCGACAGAGAAGGUGGAAGAGCUCAUCCGAAUGACGAGUGGGCGCGAGGAGAGCGUGGGCGGUCUGCGGGCGUGGUCAAAUUACACGGUGACGGUGGCGGCCGUGACAAGGGCGGGCGCGGGCGUGUCCUCGCCUGACCUUAUCUGCACCACGAGGGAGGAUGUUGCGGGCGUCCCGGGCGGACUGAGAGCUUUGCAGUCAGACGUGGGCGCAGCUAUACUCACGUGGCUGCCUCCACACCCACCCACGGGCGUGCUCUUGGGCUACACGCUUAACCACCGUCCACCCCACGCCCGCGCGCCCUCACAGCACCCUCUUCACGCCCACGCCAACUCUCACACUCUCACGCACCUCAGCCGCGGCACACACGAGUUCUGGCUGACGGCGAGGACGAGGGCGGGCGAGGGGAAGCCCACGCCCACGCUCAAGCUCACUAUUCUGGACCAAG